GUUCGCACUUUUUGCCAUUUUGCUCUGGUUUUUUGGUUCGACAGGGAAGAAGACAGCGACGACUCAUGGACGCUCAUCCUCAUUCGCAUGCUUUAUUCGUUAUCCAGAUGCAAAUUCAUUUCAUAUGCCCUAGCUAGCUGUGCUGUGAAAGGUUUUGGUAGGUAGACAGACUGGAUAGAUUAUAGGUUGAAUUGAAGCAAAGGCAGCAGCAGCGAUAAUGGUGGUGACUGGAAGAGUGAGAACUGCAAUCGGAUUGCAAAAAUCGCCGUCCUGCAAUAGAGCAACGCGUGAAGCAUCUCCCAGGCCGGCGGCGGCUGCGGCGGCGUUGACGAAGUCGAGCUCUGCGAAGCUGGCGCAUUCGCAGAAGGAGAAGGAGAAGCCGUCCGGCGCCGCCUUCUCGAGGUCUUUCGGAGUGUACUUCCCACGCUCGUCGUCUCAGGUGCAGCCUCGGCCUCCGGAUGUGUCGGAACUCCUCCGGUUAGUUGAAGAUUUGAGAGAGAGGGAGUCGCGGUUGAAGACUCAAGUGUUGGAGCAGAAACUGCUUAAGGAGUCUGCCGCCAUUGUUCCGUUUCUUGAGAGCGAGGUUUCUACAAGGAAAUUUGAAAUCGAAAGGCUUGGGAAGAAAGUAGAAUGUUUGGAAGUGGAGAACGAGAGGCUGAGGAAUGAGAAUGAGUUUUUACACAUGGAACUGUCUAAGCAGAAUCUCAAGUUUGAUGAAAGAAUCAAAUGCAUGCAGGAUGAGCUAUCUGACAUUAAGAGAACAGUUACGGAGAGACAACAAGAGCAAGAGGAGUCUUCUUCUUCUUCUUCUUCCAGUGAAAAACUUACUGAUGUAACAAAUGGCAAUAGAUCUUGUUUUACAACCAGGUCUUUCAGAAAAUGUGCGACUCAAAACAAUAUAGUGAGUCAGCUGCAACAGCAUGUGAAGAACGAAGCUGCGGAGGUAAAGAAAGAGGAAUUUAGCAGCGUGGUGGAGAAUACUGAAACGAAUAGCCAUUCUCGAUGCAGUUCUGACGAAAUUCCAGAAGCUUCUGAAGUGGUAAUGGGGAUAAGAACGCGUGUUCCACGAAUUCCCAAGCCGCCUCCGAGGCCAUCUUCAUCGUCUUCUUCCUCAUUAACAUCAUCCGUCUCUUCGCCUGUUUACGGCUCUUCAUCCUGUUCAGCGGAUCGUGCAUUAGCAGAGAUUUCAAACAUUCCGCCCCCACCUCCACCUCCGCCUCCGCAGCAUCUGAAACCACCAGCAGCAGCAGCAGCUCCUCCUCCUCCGCAUUUGUCAAAGGUAGCCGCUCCACCACCACCUCCUCCUCCUCCUCCUCCUCCAUCAAAGGCGGCCGCUCUACCUCCUCCUCUUCCACCCCCUCCACCUUCCAACGGAUUGAACUCCAAGCCAGUGGCUGCGAAGGUUAGCAGAGCUCCAGAGGUUGUUGAGUUUUACCAUUCGCUAAUGCGGAGGGAUUCGAACUCCCGUCGUGAUGCGUGCAGCGGAAAUGGCUGCCCCUCCGAAGCCCAAGCGACAGGAGCUGCGGCUAAAGAUAUGAUCGGAGAAAUUGAGAACCGUUCUGCACAUUUACUAGCGAUUAAGACCGACGUAGAAACACAAGGUGAUUUCAUCAGGUUUCUGAUUAAAGAAGUCGAAGGGGCUGCCUUCACUGACAUUGAAGAUGUUGUAGCUUUUGUGAAAUGGCUAGAUGAUGAGCUCUCCUACUUGGUGGACGAAAGGGCAGUGCUGAAGCAUUUUGAAUGGCCAGAACAGAAGGCAGAUGCAUUAAGAGAAGCAGCAUUUGGAUAUGCUGAUCUGAAGAAGUUGGAUUCUGAAGUCUCAUCUUUUUGUGAUGAUCCUAGACUGCCUUGUGGCCCUGCCCUCAAGAAAAUUCACUCCUUGUUCGAAAAAUUGGAGCAUGGUGUUUAUAAUUUGUCAAGAAUGCGAGAAUCAGCGACAAAUCGCUACAAAGUGUGUCGAAUACCAACAGAUUGGAUGCUGGACACUGGUUAUUUGAGCCAGAUGAAGAUGGCAUCAGUGAAACUGGCGAUGAAGUACAUGAAGAGAGUAUCUGCAGAGCUUGGAGUCAAUGGUGGGGGUAGCCCUGAAGAAGAAGAACUGAUAGUUCAAGGUGUCAAGUUUGCCUUCCGAGUACACCAGUUUGCUGGUGGGUUCGACGUGGAGACAAUGAAAGCAUUCAAAGAGCUGAGAGAUAAAGCAGAAAAUGAGAAAUUUGUUAGCAGCGGCAGGCCAUCAUCUUCUUCCUCUUCCUCUCUUUGCUAAUAAUCUGUAGCAAACUCAGCUUCAGAUCAGACCAAUAUUUGUGAAUUACUCCCCACGGUAUUUAUUCUAUUUCAUUAUUUUAUUAUAUAAUUAGGUUUUAUUUUAUUUUA